AUGGCCAUUGCUGCUCUGCAGAUCACGGGACUGAUCCUUGGAGGCAUUGGUGCAGUUGGGACUUUUGCCAUUACUGGCAUGCCUCAGUGGCGAGUGACUGCUUUCAUUGAAAACAACAUUGUGGUUUUUGAAACGAUCUGGGAAGGUCUCUGGAUGGACUGCAUAAGACAAGCUGACAUCAGGAUGCAAUGCAAAGUCUACGACUCCCUCUUGGCUCUGUCCCCUGACCUUCAGGCUUCCAGAGGCCUGAUGUGUGUGGCUUCAGUCUUGGCAUUCAUUGCAUUUGCAGUAGCCAUUCUUGGCAUGAAGUGUACACAGUGUACCGGAAAGGAUGACCGAGUAAAGGGCUACAUUUUGCUAGCCGGUGGCAUUGUUUUCAUUAUUGCUGGCAUCAUUGUGUUCAUCCCAGUGAGCUGGGUUGCCCGUAACAUCAUCCGAGACUUCUACAAUCCGGUUGUUUCAGUGGCUCAGAAGCGAGAGCUUGGGGAGGCCCUUUACAUUGGCUGGACAUCUGCCUUUUGCCUCAUUGCUGGAGGAGCCAUUCUUUGUUGCUUCUGUGGUUGUAAUGAAAAAAGUGGAACAUACCAGUACUCAGUGCCUUUGCAACAGACAGCUUGCAGCAGCCAUUAUGUGCAAAGAAGAUCUGACCGUGCCUAUUCUAAAAGUCAGUAUGUUUAG